AUGACAUUGACUAUACUUGACUUGGGCGAAGACAUCCUCACUUAUGCCAUCUCACGCUACUUGUCACCGGAUGACAUAUUCAAACUUUUCACUUUAAAUUCGACCUUGUACAAGUUGUUUGAAUCUUCACCCACAAUCUUUCAAUUGCUAUAUAACAAAAAGUUUACCAAUAAUGAAAACAACUACACAUUGAACUUGCAGCAACAUCUCAAUUGGAAACAGCUUUGGCAACUAAGGUGCAACACCAAUCAGCAGCUUUUCACGUGGGGUGAAAGUAAUGGUGGUAGAUUGGGGUAUUUGUCGACUCGAAUUGAUCAAUCGCAUGUGCUGAGAAAAUUGGGCGGGUGGUCUGUACAUACACCAACAAACAUACCCGAGUUCAACCAACAUCUUAUUGUUGAUCUUAAGGCAAAUGGGUACAGCUUUAUCAUAUUGUUGAAUAAUGGUGAGUUGUGGUUCACUGGAAUGGAUUGGAAACGACCCUCACAAGGGUUAUCUACACCGGGACCAGUUAAAAGUAAAGAUUACAAGCCCAAUCCUGGAACAAUGGCAUUAAGCAGUAUGAACAAUAAUACAGAUGAAAAUGUGGGAGGAAGAAGAGGAAUUAUUCCAGGUACGUUUUCAAGAGGCGGUGGCAGGUUUGGUGUUUUACCGAUGCCAAUGAGUGGGAGAUUUACCGAUGAUGAUGAUGACGAUGAUGAUGAUGAUGAUGAUGAUAAGAACAGUGAAAGUGAUAGCAAUGGUACUCCUCGGGAAGGGUCUAGUACCGGAACUCGCGUCUCUCCGCCAGUGUCAACACCAGGGCAAGAAUCGUCGUCACGUUUGCCCCAAUCACGAAGGAGACUUCAACCAAAUGACUCCAAAACCACGUUGAGACAUAAGCCUUCCAAGAUUCAAGAAACCAACUUUUUAUCACGGUUAUUCCUCCCACCGAUGAAUGAAUUCGACAACAGAAGGAUUAUUUCUAUCAGUACCGGGAGAGAACAUAUCAUUGCUCUUGACGAUCACAAUAACGUGUACACAUGGGACUCCGGAUGUAAUUCAAAUAUAGGUAUACAUAUUCAGUUCCCGGGUAUACCAGAAACGGCCAACGUAGUCAAGGUUUCAGCAGGCUGGAAUCUUUCGGCUUGCCAAAUUGAUGAUGUUGGGUUAGUUGUAUGGUACUCAAGGGAACCAUUAACCAAGGAGCAAUUUGAUCAACAAAAUUACCAAGCUCGUGCAAAAUAUUUGAUCAUUCCGGGGACAGAUAACAAUGUGGCUGAUUUCACUGUAGGUGCAGAUUACGUCCUAUUCAUUAAGAUAUCUGACACAAAAUUAUACCAGUUUAGAUUGAAUGCACUCGAUUUGCUACAUAGGGAUGAUGAUAGGUUAGAUGUCAAUGACUUGAAACGAAUGAUCACGCCUAUGAAUAAUUUCAACGACUGGAUGUCUCAACGAGAAGCAAGUAUUGAAUUUACUCGAUUGAAUAGUUGCUUUACAAACUUUGUUGUGUUUACCAACCACGAUCAAAUAUUAAUCGGAAACAAUGCUCAUUUGCUAUAUAAUGUCAACGACGAGCCACAAGAGCAAGGUAAAACCCCAAUAGUGGUUCCAGACCUACAAGGACAAAAUAUCAAAUCAGUUGAAAUUGGCGACUACCACUACUUGGCGUUGACAAAUGACGGGUCAUUGUUGAGUUGGGGUACUGAAUCUAGGUCGUGUGGAUGCUUGGGAAUAGGUCCAAGGGAGUUGGCAGUAGCAGAACACCCUGAAACUGUAGUUGAGCAUGGUACAAAUUUGGAGGUUAAACAGCCUAUGCACGUAAAGAAUCCAAUGGGGAAUAGAAUCAAAGGUAAAUGGGUUGCUGUUGCUGCUAGUGGAUGGCAAUCUGGUGGUAUAUAUGUUCCACUAGAGGAAUAA